UGGUUUUGCAGGGCCUAAUCCAUGGGACAAAGCUGUACUAAACUAGAGUCCAAAAGAAGUCCAUAAGCAUAAUUUUUCUUUUCUUUUCUUUUUUUCUGACAAUUGAUACUAUCGAGUCUGAAAAAUAUGCUUCCUUUGUCUGAUUGUCUCCUCUACAGUUUCCUGCCUCAAUUUCAUUGUUUUUUACUUUUUAUUUUUUAAUUUUUGCCGUUCCUGGUACCAAUCAUAUUCUGCAUCCGUCAUAUCUUCAACAAGUUUCUUCCGUCUUUAUGUGCAAAUUGACGAAAGCUUCAAUCUUUUAGGAGUUUUUAUCUUCGAACUACACCACAUUGAGUCCUAUAAAUACAGAAGUUUUCUCUUGUUGAUGAGCUCUCAAAUGAGCUUUUUGUGAGUCGUACUAAAUUUGGGCAUCUGGGUCUUUUGUGUUUUCUCAUGGGUACUGCUUCUACUCAGUACCCAUAUGGAAUCACUGCACAUUCCUUUGCAAAGUUUGGUCACAAGUUGGAUACUUUAAGCUCUAGUUUUCCUAAUAAAGUUGGAUUUUCAAGUGUAAACUUGUACCAAGGUUCUGCUUCCAUCACUAAUUCUAAGGGAUUUGUUGGUCGAAUAUGUUCAGUGCCUGAUCUUGAUGACAUCUUUUGGGAGAAAGUCCCUACACCCAUACUUGAUGUGGUUGAAAAUCCUAUCCACUUGAAGAAUUUGACACUUCAGGAAUUGAAAGAGCUGGCAGAUGAAAUACGAGAAGAAUUGUCAUCUAUAAUGUCAAGGACUCAAAAAGCCUUUAAGGCCAGUUUAGCAGUUGUUGAGUUGACAGUUGCUAUUCAUCAUGUUUUUCAUGCUCCAGUGGACAAAAUACUAUGGGAUGUUGGGGAACAGACAUAUGCACAUAAAAUUCUCACAGGAAGACGGUCUCUUAUGCAUACACUGAGACAAAAGAAUGGUCUUUCUGGUUUUACAUCUCAGUCUGAGAGUGAAUAUGAUCCAUUUGGGGCAGGGCAUGGAUGCAACAGUGUUUCUGCUGGGCUUGGAAUGGCAGUUGCGCGUGAUAUGAAAGGGAAACGAGAACGUGUUGUUACAGUUAUCAGCAAUGGAACAACUAUGGCUGGUCAGGUCUAUGAAGCAAUGAGCAAUGCAGGCUAUAUAGACUCAAAUAUGAUAGUCAUUUUAAAUGACAGCCGUCACUCUUUGCACCCAAAGAUUGAAGAGGGCCCCAAGACUUCGUUAAAUGCUCUAUCCAGUACCUUAAGUAGGCUCCAGUCAAGUAAAUCAUUCCGGAAGUUUAGAGAAGCUGCCAAGGGUGUUACCAAGAGGAUUGGUAGGGGUAUGCAUGAAUUAGCAGCCAAAGUUGACGAGUAUGCACGUGGUAUGAUAGGUCCUCUAGGAUCAACUCUUUUUGAAGAACUUGGUUUGUAUUACAUAGGCCCUGUUGAUGGACACAACAUUGAAGACCUAGUUUGCGUUCUACAAGAAGUGGCAUCUCUAGAUUCAAUGGGUCCUGUUUUGAUACAUGUAGUAACAGAAGAAAAUCGACGAAGAGAUAAUAAGCAAAAAAUUGACACAUUAGAGAACCUACAGGAAGGUUCCAGUAACUCUGAUCCAUUUUUGUAUAGUAUUCAUACUCGAACCUAUAGCGAUUGCUUCGUAGAGGCUUUGAUUAUGGAGGCAGAGAAGGACAAAGAUAUCGUGAUUGUUCAUGCAGGAAUGGAAAUGGAAACAGCUUUUCAACUGAUUCAGGAAAGAUAUCCAGACAGAUUUUUUGAUGUGGGAAUGGCUGAGCAGCAUGCAGUGACAUUUUCUGCUGGUUUAUCUUGUGGGGGUUUGAAGCCAUUCUGCAUAAUCCCUUCUACCUUUCUACAAAGAGCAUAUGACCAGGUGGUCCAUGAUGUAGAUCAGCAGCAGAUUCCAGUUCGUUUUGUCAUUACAAGUGCAGGAUUAGUAGGGUCUGAUGGUCCUAUGCAAUGUGGUGCAUUUGAUAUAACAUUCAUGUCUUGUUUACCAAACAUGAUUGUUAUGGCACCAUCGGAUGAGGAUGAGCUUGUGGACAUGGUGGCUACUGCAGUUCAAAUUGAUGAUCAUCCAGUAUGCUUCCGUUAUCCAAGGGGUGCCAUUGUGGGGACAGACCAUUAUAUGCGUAUUGGAAUUCCGAUUGAGAUUGGAAAGGGGAAAGUUCUUAUAGAGGGCAAAGAUGUUGCUUUGCUUGGGUAUGGGGCAAUGGUUCAGAACUGCCUCAAGGCUAGGCACCUUCUUUCAAAGCUUGGUAUUGAGGUAACUGUUGCAGAUGCAAGAUUCUGCAAGCCACUUGACAUGAAGCUUCUCAGACAGCUAUGUGAAAACCAUGCAUUUCUAGUCACAGUUGAGGAAGGCUCUGUUGGAGGAUUUGGAUCUCAUGUUGCACAGUUCCUUUCACUUGAUGGACAGCUUGAUGGUAAAGUGAAGUGGCGACCUAUCGUAUUACCAGACACCUAUAUUGAGCAUGCACUGCCAAAGGAACAGCUUAAUCUCGCUGGGCUUACUGGACAUCACAUUGCUGCAACAGUACUCAGACUGCUUGGUCGCACCCGCGAAGCUCUCCUUCUAAUGUGUUAGAAAUCUAUAUUAUCCUGCUAUUAUUCCGAUAAAUUUAUUAAGAGCGAUACUGCCUCAGCAAACGUAGCCAAACAUAGAUGAAAGCUUAAGAUGCUGUCGAGUCUACAGCUUUCUAGUCACUGAUUUUUGUAGCCUGUAUAAAUCGAGCUUAGUUGACAUGAUAUUAACAUAAUAUCAGAUUUGUAGUAAUUUUGUAUAGAACUGACAACAUUACAAAAAUGUAUGGUUCGAUCUCAUUUUUCUCCA